AUGGCAGCUGGCGGCGAGCUGGGCUGGGCGUGGCCGCUGCCGGCGGGCGGAGGGCGUGGCCGGGGCAUCCAGGCGGCACUCGAGGCUUGUUCGCGGGCGAAGGCAGAGGCGAGGCGCGCGCGGGUUUCCUCAGCUCGUUACGCGACGGGGGCAGCCUCCGGAGGAGCGCCGAGGUGACAACUUGCUCGUCCGCUCCACCAACGUCCCUGCCCGUCGCCGUCGUCGUUCUCGGAGGAGGAAGCAGCCGCAGGAGCCGCCGCCAACCAGAAGCACACGGUGAGGGGCGGCGGCGGCGGCGAGGUUUUUAAGCGGGGAAAUUAUAAUGGCGUCGGCAGAGAUGAUGGGAGGGGGCGGUUGGGGACAUUAUUAAUAUGAGGAGAGUUAUAGCGUGAUUCCGGCCAUGUGUCGGUUGGCUUCUGUGGGACCGUCCAGAGACCGUUAGAAAAUGAUAUAUAAAGUGACAUUACGGUUACUUGAACUGUCGAGGAGGAGACGUUGGGGGGGGUGAGGGGGAGACGACAUUAUUAUCAUCAUUAGUAAUAAAAUAGUAGUUUGGUAUGUAAUUCUGGCCUUUAAAAAGUUGGGUUCUGCGAGCUGCCUAGAAGCCGUUUGAAAAUACAGAUUAAUAUUAGUGCGGUGCAAGGAUUGCUGAGGUGGAGGAGGCGAUGGGAGUGUGGGGGGCGUGUGGGGGAAGAAACGGUAUUAUUAUUAUUAGUAUAGCUUGCAAUUCUGAUCCUAUAAAAGUUGGGUUCUCUGGAAUGUUCACAGGCCGUUUGAAUAAUUCUAAUACGGUACAAAAUUUAAAUGGCGUUUUAAAAACCCAUUAAAGCAGGUCAUGAUUAAUGUGGGAUUAUUAUCAGUUGGUUAUUUGAGUUAUUGAACACGUUUGUGUUCUGCUCAUAUAUAAAUUGGGCUCUCAGAAUAUGUAAAAUGUAAACUUAUUUUUUUUGGUGGGGGGGAGAAACCCCUUGGGAGGAGUUACAAAUAAAUCUGCGCAACUGAAUCGGAAUCAUGGGUAAUCGUUCUUCCAUUUCAUUUAUUAUAGAUUUUGUUUUCUCGUAAAGUUGGGUUCUCUGGGCAGUUUUACAGACCAUUAAAAGACAUAAUAAUGCAAAACUUUUUAAAAAAAGUUUUAAAAUAAAUGAAUUCCUUAAGUUUGUGUAAUCUAAAUUAGAGGGGGAGGGGUGGAAUUAGAAAGUGGUAUAGAAAUGACUUUUAAGCAUGGUACAUAGUGUUGGCAUCAUGAAGGGUUCUGGAGAACGUGGAUGUUUGCUAGCUUAUUUUGCAACCUUUUAAAUAAGUGUUUUGGCCAACUGCAUUUUGGACAGUUAUCCUCUCUUCCCCACUUCAUGUGAACCUGAACAGUUGGCUGAUUUUGCGGCUCCCGAUUUUCUUAAUUAUUUUGAAUGAAGACUCAAACUGGGGAGCCCUGUAGUGAGUUUGUGGGUCACCUGAUGGAGGAGGAGGAUGAUUUUGCUGUUGGAACUUUUUUUUUUUUUUUUUUGCUUUGAGUUGCAGCCUAAUUUUUAGACUCCACAGAGAAAAAUUUAAAAAGAAAUGCUUGAAAGUAUUCUUAAAUAGUUUUGUGCCAUGUGGGGUCCAACUAUUGAGAUAAAAGAGAAACCACAGCCAGCUCCUCUUUGGUUUGCAAUGAAUAACUAAGGAAGGGAAUAAAUAGGAGGGGAUGUAACAGGAGUACGUUUUCUGAAUAGGUUGUUGGGCGUAUAUUUUUCAUGAGGGGUAGGAUCUGUGGUGGAUUGCACUGUAUUGCUGUAUUAUCUAGUGUGCUAGUUAUUGUGUAAUUCCUACUCUCAAGACACUGACACUUCAGUCUGUAGUGUGUGUAUGGGAGAGACAAGGCUUACUUAAAAGGCAUAGUAUGAUUGUGUGGGUGUGGCAAGGAAUCUCUGAAGCCUUGUGGGUAAAAUGGGCAAAUGAGGGAGGGUGCUAAAUGUCUAAUGAUGUGCAAAUGUUGUUGGGAGGGGUGAUGGUGGGAAAGUUUCUGAUGAAGACAUUAUCAAAUUGUUUGUAACUCUGCAAAGCAUUGUACAACUUCUUUAAACUAGUCCCCGUGUCCAACCCUGCAAUUUUGUAUUUUAAAAAAAUAGAACAAUAAAGUCCCUUAACUGCAUCAUUUAAUUUCGGAAAUAACCUUAAAAUAAUGUGCUAGAUGUUGUGUGACUUGAAGCAAUACAGAAAAAGAGUUUGCAGAAGAAAGGAAUCAAAAUAAUGUAGGAGGAGUUGGGAAUCCUGUUUGAUGGGAGGGAGUCCUCUUGCGAGCUGUACAAAGGGUAUCUUGUGGGCAAAUAGUUCUAGGAUGUAAGAAAAUGUGGAAUUUCUGCUUGAGGGUGAAGACAGUUAAAUCUGUGGGUAUAAAUGAUGAGAAUACCUUGGUCUGCAUUCCCGGAGGUGGGUGGGGCAACUCAGACAUCUGUGGCCAAUUAGGUCCUCCUAUAAUGAGCCAAGCUCAGCAAAAGGUGUCUGCAACACACUGCAUUUGUUCCGUCUAAUUUAAGUAGUGUGUAGGUUGUUCAGCUCAACCCCCAAGAUGGGGUCUGUGUUUUACUGAAGUACAUCUGGCACACAAAGUGUUGAGCAUAUUGGUCUCUUCUUGCAGAAAUAAUUUAUAUGUUUGAUCUUACAUGCUUGAUUUGUUAAAACAGCUCAUCAGAAAUACGAACAGAAGGUUCAACUUUGUGUCUCCAGAACAAAUUCUGGAGUGUGUUUAUGAGAGUGGCUGAAUGGUUCUGGAAAUUAAGCCAUUAUACAGUAAAGACUUUUAGCUGGUGUAGUGUAUGGAUCUACCAGCACAGGUUAACAUUUUGAAUUCUUGUCCAUUGUGCUUUGUAGGUAACCAUGAGUGAUCGAAAGGCCGUGAUAAAGAAUGCAGAUAUGUCUGAGGAGAUGCAGCAGGACUCCGUGGAGUGUGCUACACAGGCCUUGGAAAAAUACAACAUUGAGAAAGAUAUUGCUGCCCACAUAAAGAAGGUUAAGCUUGAUAAUCGUUGCAUGCUGCUAGUUUAGAAUUCUUACAGGAAGAGGAAAAUUCAGACUGAGGGAGGGAACAGUUAAAAUUAUUUCUAACUAAACAUGUGUCCACAGAUUUCUUAACUGGCAAAGCUGAUUUUGUAUGUGUAGGAGUGUUCUGGCCUGCCAGGGAAUAGUUGGACAUUUUCCUGCAUUUCCUUCACAGCCUAGUCUAUGUGGGUGGUCUAACUGCAUGUCUGUGUUCCUAGAGGGUUGUCAAGCAUCUGUGAUCUUCUGACUUUGGCAGAGCUUGCAAGAAGCUUGCCAGAUCUGCUGUGACAGUGGGCAAGCUUAUAUCUGCAUAAGUAAGACAGUGUGGAAGCAUACACAUUUGUUCCUCGAAGAUGAGAAAAGUACAAAACCUUAAAACAUUCCUUAGCAUAGCUCUUAACAAGUUGUAGCAAGAUACACCCUGUAUUUGCUUCUCACACAGCAGCUUGCUAUUCAACAAUUCAGCACUACGAAGGCAAGCCACAGCAAGCCUCAUGGUUGGUUGCUACCAUCUUCUUCAGCAUGACUUUGAAGAGUUUGGUAGCCCUUGCUUCUAUUUUAACCUAGCCUCAAUUUGGUAUGAUGAUCACUUGGAAAUACUGUUCAGUUUUAGCUAUAAUUAUGAUUAGUGGAAACAGGUUGGUUUCAAAUCAAAGAAGGCUUUUUUCAUUAACCAGUUAAGAUUAACCACAAUUCAUGGUUUGAGUGCAACAGUAAAUUGUAGUUAAUUGAAUCAGCUUGUGGGCACACUGAAAGAGGUGCUAACUUACAGUUUAAUAGUGUACAAACCUGGCCACUCAGACUGUUUUGCAUAUGGGCUGGGGGAGAAAGAAUGUGGUAGACACUCAAGACUUGCUGCAUUAGCCACUAUACGUUUAGGAUUGAUCUGAUUCAGGGGUCGGCAACCUAAGGCCCAUGGACCCCCACACCUGCUUAGGGACCCCUGCUGCCCGUUCUCCUCCUGCUCCGUGCCAAAAGGAGCCCCGGAAAUAGCGUUUGCGCAUGCGUGCGCACACACUCCGGCCCACCGCAGCUUGUGCAGGACUGUGAACCAGCCCAAGCCACAAAAACUUUGCCGACCCCUGGAUUGAAUCCAACUCCAGUACAGGAACACAAGUGAUUUAAUAUUAGCUGAUAUAAUAGUGUAUUAAAUGCAUAGUCUGGUACAAGGAUGGGAUUAAUACCUAUAAAAAUCAGUACUCUGAAAUUUGCUAAGCAAUAUAUUGAUAUAAAUUGGUUGAAUAUCAACUGCUCCAAGCCUCUGUAAAAGAGAAUUCCUGUUUCCAAGAUUUAGUAUAACAUUACCUUAAUAAACCCUCAAUUUCUUUCACAACAUUAUUUAUUGUUCCAUAGACAUUACUCUCUUAAGUUAGUUGAAUUAAGAACCCACACUUAAAUAGAUAGCACAGAGGAGUAUUAUACUACUAAUUAUUAGUUGUAUAUGUGCAGGUCCUGCUAUCCACAUGCUUGCGAUGCGAAAAUUCACUUAUCCUUCUGCCCAAACCUUGCUAUGAGCGCCGUAGACUCGGAUAUCCAAAGAACUGACUUCCUUGCUGGUUUGUGCUUUGCUAGUUGGCAACAGCCAUUUUUGGGAAGAAACCAGAGAGACAGGAAGUGGGGAGCCAAGAACAAAGGAAUUGGGGCAGGGGAGAUAAGACAUGGGUUUCCCAAACUUGGGUCUCCAGCUGGUUUUGGACUGCAACUCUCAUCAUUCCUACAUAGUAGGACCACUAGUCAGGGAUGAUGGGAACUGUAGUCCAAGAGCAGCUGGAGAUCUAAGUUUGGGAAACCCUGUGUUAGGCAAAUCUGGUUUUUUCCUCUGUUCUCUUGCAGAUUAGCUGCAUACAUUUCAGGAACUUUGGGCGGGGUGUGUGUGAAGAGGUUGGACAAAUCCCGAAUUAGAAAUAUUUCCAUAGGAAAUGAUGAAAUGGUGGACUUUGUUACAAAAGUAGGACCUGUGCGUAACUUCUCUUCCUAAACCCAGAUAGCCUGAACGUCUGUAUGGGUUGCUUAGAAUAUCCAUACAGCACUUCUCAAGCUACUUGCUCCAAAAUAGUCCAGUUAAUGUCAGUAUGUUAUUAUGGUUUCAAUGUGAUUUGUGGACUGCAGUCUUCCCUUGUCUCAUACAUGGCAAGAACAAAAGUUAAGUCACUGGGCUAUGUUGUUGCAUGUUUCUUGUAUGUAUAGCUCAAGAGGUUAGAAGACUGCAUUGCAUAUUCUUUCCAAACACAUGAGUGAAGCUGUUCACUUGAGAAGCUAAGCUAUUAAGUUAUUCUCUUUCAGGAGUUUGACAAGAAAUACAAUCCUACUUGGCACUGCAUUGUGGGAAGAAAUUUUGGCAGCUAUGUGACUCAUGAGACCAAACACUUCAUCUACUUCUACCUGGGUCAAGUUGCCAUUCUCCUCUUCAAAUCCGGUUAG